CAAAAUCAAGUUGAAAGCCUUCAAGGAAGUUGGUGAUAGACGACCACAGUUGAAGUCCAACACCCAGAACAGAGACUGAAGGGCAAAACUACAAAGGAAAUCUUCAUGUAAGCCAUCAAGACAAAAUGGGAGAUAUCGAGCAACAUCCUUGAAGAAACCUGUGUGGAUGAGCACUGGAACUCUUUUAAGGCUAUGUGGAAAGAAACCUGCAUAACCGUGUUAGGAAGGAAGAAGAAAGAAGAUAAGGAAUGGAUCUCGACGGAUACCUGGAAGCUGAUAUAGCAGGGAGAUAAGGAUGGUGGAGCAGAAGAUAAACUAGUGCAAGGAUGAACGACGAGAAGAGGGACUGAGUACAACGUACAAAACACUGGACAAAGAAGUGAAGAAGAGUGCACGGAAAGACAAAAGACACUUCUACGACACACUGGCAAGUGAAGCAGAACAGGCUGAGAGCUGGUAGGAGAGACCUGACAACAUUGUAUCAAAUAACCAGGUUACUAUCUGGGAUGGGACCAACACAGAUGAAACGAAUAAAAGAUGAUGAAGGCAAUUUAAUUACCAAAGAAGAGAAACAAAAGAAACGAUGUGGUGACCAUUUCGAAAAGCUGUUGAAUCGACCACCAUCUGAAACUUGUCCAGAAAUACCACCAGCGACAGCAGAACUACAAGUAAACACAAGCCUUUCGACGAAAGUCGAAGUCCUGAAUGACAUAAGGCUACUGAAAUGCGGGAAAGCAGCAGGACCAGAUGGAAUCCCGCCAGAAGCACUGAAAACAGAUGCAGAGACAACAGCGGACAUGCUCACACCGCUGUUGCAGAAGGUCUGGAAGGAAGGAAAGGUACCUGGAGAUUGGGAGAGGGGCUACCUUGUCAAACUCCCGAAGAAUGGCGACCUAAGCCUUUGCAAGGAGUGACGAGGAAUCAUGCUUCUGUC